AUGGCGCUUACGCAGCUGGAGCGGGACAGGGAGAGGCUCAUCGAGGAGAAUCGCCGGCGUAUGGCGGAUGCGCUGGGGCCGAUGGACCAAUACAAUCUGCUGAUGGCCCAGCCAAAGGUGCCGAAGCCCGCCCGUCGCAGGCCGGCCCGCAAGGCGGUCGCCCCCGCGGACAAGCGGCGCAGCGACCGAGUGAGGCAGCUGCCCGCGCCAGACUAUGGCGACAUUGACCAGGCAGACCGCACCCUGGCGCUGCUGAGGAGCGAGUCAGCCAAGGGGCGCACCCCCAAGCGGUGCGCCGCCGCCCACACGCCCCGCGCCCGCAACUCUGCCGCCGUCUCGGGCCUCCGCCCCGAUGGAGCGGUGGGGGACGCCAGCGGUGGCGCCGACUACAGCGGCUGGUCGUCUGACCUGGGGGACUGCUCCCCAGCGGCUGCGGAGGCAGCGUUCGAUGCAGCCUGCAGCCUGGCGGCUGAUUUGGUGGCCAAGGGCAGGGCCGCAACAGCCAAGGCAGGGGGCGCCGCAGGGCCUGUGGGGGCCCCUGACCUGCGCAUGAGCUACUCCCAGGUGGCCUCAGGCUUCUGGAUGCAGCUGCCGCGCGACUUGGUGAUACACUUCCCCCACAGGGAGAGGGUCGACCAGCAGCAGCAGCAGCAGCAGCAGCAGCAGCAGCAGCAGCGCCCCGCACUCUCACAUCACCCUGACCCAAGCGCCAAUGUCAGCACCAUCCCCGAUGUCCCGCCCGAAACCUCUCAUCGGCAGGUACGAUGA